GAUCAGGUGUAAAAUGUAAAUAUUUUGUUAUAGAGUACCUAUGGACUAUCAGGAUAGACGAUAGUUGGAAAUUUGAAAUUAGUAAUUACUUUAUUUUAUAAUUUACAAAAAUAGUUAUAUAAAGUAAAAAAAUUGAAUUAUUAAGUUCUGUUUUAUUCGUACAUGUGACUAAAGUUGCAAGUUAACUUUGAAAAUGUCAGCAAAUAUGAGUACCCGUGAUAAACUUCUUGGUUUGCUAGACGACUUUGAGCUAUUGAGCAGAGAACUGAUUGAAAACUUGAGCGCUGCUCGCCAACAAAAAAUUAAUGUACAACAUCAAUUGCUACUCACUGAACAACUAGUGGCUACUGAUAAUGAAAUAAAAGCAACUCUUAAAGUGGCGGAAAACCAAGCAGAAGUAGAAAAAAAUGUUAAUGCCAUUAAAGCAGAAAUUGAGACACAAGACCAACAUAUCACACAAAUGCAAAAACAUUUUAAAGAAGCUGAAAACAUAUUGGCAACAGCUUUAUUUCAAGCAAAACAAAAAUUGCAAUCUAUAAAUAAGGCAAGUAAACAUCCUGUGUCAUCGGAAGAUCUCAUUAAGUAUGCUCAUAGAAUAAGUGCGUCAAAUGCUGUAUGUGCUCCACUUACAUGGCAGCCUGGUGAUGCUCGUAGACCUUAUCCCACAGAUAUUGAAAUGCGAAUGGGAUUUUUGGGUAGACUAAGUGAUUUACCACUUAAUGGCCAUAAUAUGGUGCAGCCUCAAGGUUUGGCUGAUAUGGUGCGAUCCUCUAACCAAAUAGACCGACAAACGUCUCAACAAAAUCAAUUUGCCUGGCAUUCGACUGGCGAUAUGCAUUUAGGAGUAAGCGGUAGUGUUAUUGAUACCAGAAACCAUUCCAAGGAUGUUGCUGAAGAUGUAGAAGUCAUGUCAACAGACAGUAGUAGCUCUUCAUCUAGUGAUUCUCAAUAGUUGACUGUAAAAAUGGCAAUAAUAUUGUUAUGUUUAAGUAUAACGUUUAAAACUUUUUCUAUAAACCUUAUUUUUAUUGACUGAGCUCUUAAAUAUACACAAAAAUAUAAUUAUAAGAAAUAAAAUAAUCAAGUAUAAAAAUUAUAUAAGA